AUGUUUCAUUCUUUUUUUUUUUUUCUUGGUUCCUUCAUUCGCUUUCUUUCUUUUAUUCAUUCCUGUUUCUCUUCUUCCUUUUUUUUUCUUGCUUUUUUGCUCUUCUUUCUUUUCUUACCUGUUUUUGUUUUUCUUUCAGUUAUAAUGGCUGCUUUCUUUCUUCUUUCUUUCAUCUUUCAUUCUUGCUUGAUUUCUUUUUUCCGGGCUUCUUUCAUUUUUUUUCUUUUAUUUCUUAUUCGAAAUUUGUUUUCUUUCUUUUUUUGCUUGCUUACUUUCUUGUUUUCAAUCUUCUUUUUUUUAUUUAUUUAUUCCGGUUUGUUUUCUUUUCUUUUUCUUUUUCUUUAUUCUUUCUUUCUGUCAUUAUUUCUUUAUCUUCUUUAUUUUUUACAUCUUUGCAUGUUUUUAUUUUGCUUUCUUUCUAUCCUUUCUUUUACUGCUUACUUUCGUAUUAUUUUCUUUCAAUUUGCUUUCUUUCUUUCUCUUUUGCUUUCCAUUUUUCUUCGUCGUUUUCUUUUUUUACUUCACUUCAGUCUGUUCAUAUCUAUCUCUCUCAGUCUGUUCAUAUCUCUCUCUCUCUCUCUCUCUCUCAGUCUGUUCAUAUCUAUCUCUCUCAGUCUGUUCAUAUCUCUAUCUCUCUCUCUCUCUCUCUCUCUCUCUCUCUCUCUCUCUCUCUCUCAGUCUGUUCAUAUCUAUCUACUCACCCUCCUUAAAUAUUCUGUCUCCCGUUAUCUUCUCUCUUUUAACUCGCAUUCUUCUCCUAUAUUUUUUUCUUUGUUCUUUACAGAUUUUCUCUCACUCUCUUUUCCUAUCUCUGUCUGCUUAUAUCUCCAUUUACCUUUUCUCUCUCCUCCUUUCUCCGUAUCAACCUAUUCCCCUUUCUUUUGA